CAAGCCACUGCUCAGCGAGUAGCCUCCCAAAAUCCUGGGCUUGAGCCUCACAACUCAACGAGUCGUUCCGUACGAUCUAAAGGGUUUUACCGGCAGACCACCACUAUGUUCUGAGCCGCGUCAUCGCGAGUUAGGGCUCCCAAGGGUCGAUUGUGUAAUUGGGCAAUGGGCAGAUUUGCAAGUUUGAGUGCCGUUGCCACAAAGCCAACCUCCUCUUCGGGGGGUCUCCUAGGCUGGCUGACUGGAGGAGGAUCUAGGUUGUUACCACCUCUGGACUUCCCACUUGCAGGUGUCAUUCUCCCACCUUCAUUGUCUGAUUACACCGAACCAAGUAAAACCAAGAUUACUACUCUCCCAAAUAGUGUCAAGAUAGCCUCUGAAGCAUCGGCUGAUCCUGCAGCCUCAAUAGGUUUAUAUGUUGAUUGUGGUCCAAUCUAUGAGACAACAUUAUCAAUCGGAGCCACUGAUCUGCUGCAGCGUAUGGCCUUUAAGAGAACAAGAAAUAGAAGCCACUUGCGAGUUGUGCGUGAAGUGGAGGCAAUUGGUGGCAAUGUGGAAGCCUCAUCUUCUAGGGAGCAGAUGAGUUAUACUUAUAAUGCUUUGAAGACAUAUGUUCUUGAAAUGGUAGAGCUGCUUAUUGACAGUGUGAGGAAUCCAAUUUUCCUGGAUUGGGAAGUCAAUGAGGAGGUAGUUCUUUUUAAUCAUCGUACUCUCUGCUUGAAAUUUAUGCACUCUUUCAAAUAUAUUAGGAUUACUAAAAUUACUAUCUACAUUCUGCAGCUUCAUAAUAUGAAGGCCGAGAUUAGUGGAACUAUUAAGAACCCUCACAAUUUUCUUUUGGAUGCAAUUCAUUCCGCUGGUUACUCUAGUGCUCUGGCUAAUCCACUUUCAGCUCCAGAAUCUGCAAUAAACAGAUUAAAUAGUAUAAUUCUAGAAGAAUUUGUUGCUGAAAAUUACAUUGCUCCUCAGAUGAUACUUGUAGCUUCUGGUGUUGAACAUGAUGAACUGAUAUUUGUCACUGAACCACUUUUAUCUGAUCUACCCAGUGUCUCUCGUCCUGAUGAGCCUAAAUCUGUGUACAUUGGAGGUGAUUAUCGUUGUCAAGGUAAAUCAGGAAGAACCCAUUUUGCUGUUGCAUUUGAACUUCCUAGUGGCUGGCAUAAGGAGAAGGAAGCUAUAAUUUUAACUAUGCUUGAGGUGCUGUUAAGAGGUGGAGGAUCCUUUUCAGCUAGUGGACCUGGAAAGGGGAUGUAUUCACGCCUAUAUCUUCAUGUUUUGAAUGAGUAUCCACAAUUUCAGUCAAUUUCUGCAUUCAACAGCAUCUACAAAAAUACUGGCACAUUUGGCAUCCAAGCUACCACGGUGAACCAUCUCUUUUCACCUUUUGGUUCUGAUUUUGUGUCACAAGCCAUUGAUAUAGUGGUGAACGAGCUUAUCUCAGUUGCAACUCCUGGAGAAGUUGACCAGGUACAGCUAGAUCAUGCCAAGCAGUUAACGAAGUCGGCCAUCGUAAUUAAUUUGGAAUCCAGAAUCCUUGCAUCCGAAGAUAUAGGUAGACAAUUUCUAAUCUAUGGUGAGAGGAAACCUAUGGAUCAUUUCUUGAAAGCUGUUGAUGAAGUUACUGCCAAGGACAUUGCUUCAGUUGCCCAAAAGCUUCUUUCUUCCCCUCUCACAAUGGCAUCAUAUGGGGAUGUUAUUAAUGUUCCAAGCUACGAUUCAGUCAGCAGCAAGUUCCAAUCAAAAUAA